AUGGAUCAUGCUCGGAGACCUGGGAAAUACAGAGUGGAGCGGGAAGUGCUGGAUGAGCAGAGACUGGAGGAGUUAUCGCAGAGGAAAACCUACUCUGAGAGUCAUCCAUCUGUGUCUGAACAGCUAAAAGGUUCAUUCAGGUAAUGCCAAUUUUAUGUUUUUAACUCCUGCUUCCUGCUCUGUUGUGUUUUUGAAUUUGUCCUUUAAAGCUCCUGUGAGGAACUUUCUGUUGUUUUUCUUACAGAGAAAAUAAUCACCCAUUGAAUACUUGCUGUGGAAAGGCUCUUCAGUAGACUUACCUCUUACAGCAGUUAAUUACUACAUAAAAACUGCCAAUCUCUUCAUUAGUGCUCUCAUUUGCUUUACACUUCAUAGAGAUGCAGUCUGUGUCACAAAACCUCUUCACAGGAGCUUUAAAAUAAGAACCAAAUAUUGUUUUUCAACUGUAUUCUUGCAAUCUUUUCUAGAUGUUCGAUACCCAAAGUGAAACGCUCUGUGCUGAGCAGCUUGCCUGUGCUAUACUGGCUGCCCAAGUACUCAGUCUGGGACUACGGCAUGCCAGACCUCAUCUCUGGCAUCAGUGUGGGGAUAAUGCAUUUGCCACAGGGUAUGACAUUAGUUUAUCACGGCCGAGUAAACAACAGCAGUGUUAGAGAAAGAUGUCCUCUUUGUAUACUCAAAAUAAGAGCUCUCAUUGUGCUGUUAUGUAAAGUGACUUCCCUGCCUUCAGGGUUUGUAUAAAAAAGAAAAACUCUUCCCCUGUCAGAUAUAUUUUUUGUCACAUACAAACAAUUAUUUGUACAAGAUUUACAGAUUGUUUAGUCUGCAAGUAAUGCUGAAAUUAAAACAGUGCAGCUUGAUAAGAACAUGUAAGUCUGUUUUAUGAUAUUAAGUCUUUUAUACUUAGACAGGUGUGAUACUGUGCUUUUACAGGUAUGGCAUAUGCUUUGUUGGCCUCUCUACCUCCUGUUUUUGGUCUCUACACAUCCCUCUAUCCAGCAUUUAUCUACAUCUUUUUUGGAACUUCCCGUCAUAUCUCCAUUGGUAAGUGAAGAAAAAUUAUUCAACAACUGCUGCAAUAUGUUUAUAAUAACAUGUUCUGCCGUCUUCCCUUUGGGCUCAGGUACAUUUACAGUGCUGAGUAUCAUGGUGGGAAGUGUGACAGAGCGACUUGCUCCUGACACGGAUUUCCUCAUAACAAAUGGGACUAAUAUCACUGCAGAGGUGGAUAUAACUGCUCGGGAUUCAUACAGGGUUCAGGUGGCUGCUGCUACGACUGUUCUAGGGGGACUUAUUCAGGUCUGAGCACCGCACAGCAAUGUCGCAUCAGCUUGGGAUUAUUGGCCAAACUAUUUUUUAUCUAAAACGGCUGUUUUACAGGUGGUUCUGGGUUUGGUGAAGUUUGGAUUUGUGGGAACGUACCUGUCUGAACCUCUGGUGCGUGCGUACACAACAGCUGCUGCAGCUCAUGCUGUUGUUGCACAGCUAAAGUACAUAUUUGGAGUUUCACCAACACGAGUCAGUGGUCCCCUGUCUCUCGUGUAUGUGAGUACUGUCAAUUAUUUGGAUCUAGGCUCUCUUUGAGUGACACAAGCACAAGAUUUUAAACUACUCAUAGUUUUUUAUUCAGUCUCUUUCAUGAAACCAAGAGUGGAAAAUUUGAGCAAAGCAUAACAUUUACUCACUGUACUCCAACUAUAAAGCUUUUAAGUGAACUUGGACUUUUUUGAGUAGUUUUUAAAGUCUGUACUUUUACUUCUACUCUUAUCAAAUUUCCCCUCAGGGGUAAAUAAAGUUCACCUUAUUUUGUCAUAUCUUAUCUUAAACUUUCCUAAAUUUUACAAUGCAUCUGUUACCAAGUAAAACAAAUGCUAAAACCAUACUAUCUUUUCAUCAUUAGCAUGACAGCCAGCUGGUCAGAUAGUGUCUAAACUGCAAAAACCUUCUAGUUCCAAUCAAAAUAUCUCUUUAGACUUAAUUUAAUCUACAUUGACAUGUCAGGUUUAAGUAUAAAGCUUAUUUCAAGAUGUUUCAAUCCAAAUAAGUAUUACAUCUUGUUUCAAGAAACUUGUCAGAAGAUAACUUUGUUCAUAUAUAUGUGUGUUUAUAUGUCUUGAGAAAAAAAUUAUGAUGUAGAAGUUAAUAUGAUAUCUAAAAAAGUAAUUGCAAAUGAGUUAUGAAUGAAUUUUAAGUGAAAAUCUCGUCCUGUAAUGUCUUAAAAAAGACUGAAUGAUCAAGUGUGCAGCUCAACAUGUUCUAUCAAUGCAUGCAAUUAAAUCCGUGACCAUAACUCGCUUUACUGUCUUUAUUUUCAGACUCUGAAGGAUGUCUGCUCUUUGCUGCCUCACACUCAUCUCCCCACACUGGUUGUCAGUGCCGUGUCCAUGGUGUUUCUGAUUGCAGCAAAGGAGCUCAACUCUUAUCUCAGUCAAAAGCUGCCAGUGCCUGUCCCAGUGGAGCUCAUCACAGUCAGUUAGCACGCACACACACACACACACACUCUCUCACACACCUCUGUGCACUCUCCUGUUGUUGCUGAUGUUGCAUGCAGCACUGAAAAAGCACAUUCAUAGUGGAACACAGCUGCUGAAUCAGCAGUAGCUCUGGGACCUCUGAUAUGUGCAGUCUGCAGCAAAAAAGAGAUAUCUAUGUCUAAUAAUUACUUCCACUUCUAGUAAAUAAGUAACUCAAGCUUUUAAUGAUUUAAGUUUAAAGGUAAUAUGCUGUGUGUUUGUGUUUGUCUAUAUCAUCUGUGUUUUCUGCUAUGGCUUCAGAUUAUGGCAGGGACAUUGAUUUCAUCCUACGCCAACUUGAAUGGUAACUACACUGUUCCAAUUGUUGGGGAAAUUCCCAGCGGGUAAGCAUCUUGAUUUCAGGAACACCGGCAUUGUUUGUGGCGUUAAAUCUCCAGUUUGUAUUGCACAAACCUCUAUCUCAUGUGCUCCACCUGUCCAUUAGCCUACAUCCUCCAAGUGUCCCGGAUGUGAGUCUUUUUGGAGAAGUUAUUGGCGAUGCUUUUGCAAUAGCCAUUGUGGGAUAUGCCAUAUCGAUUUCACUUGGAAAAACAUUUGCACUGAAGCAUGGAUACAAGGUGGAUAGUAACCAGGUAAACUAGAAGCCUUCUUUCUUUAUUAUUUUACAGAUAAUGUUCUUUUAUUCAUCUGUUUCUCCUGUAUUUAUUGAUUUAUUAAGCUUUUGGUUCUUCUGUCUUUUUUUUUUGCCUGGUUGCAGGAGUUGGUGGCGUUGGGUCUCAGUAACACAGUGGGAGGCUUUUUCCAGUGCUAUGCUGUCUGCCCCUCCAUGUCCAGAAGUCUCAUCCAGGAGACUACUGGAGGGAAGACACAGGUGAGUAAGCAUCAAAAGACAUUAUAAAUACUGUGAAAUCAGUAAGCGAGAGUGGUACGGUGAAUAUCUGACCUUAAUCAGGAUAAAAAAGAAGACAUGGAAUUCAAACUACCCACUGAGCAUUUUUUGGUCUAAAAGAGGUAGCCUAGAUGACUGGUCUAAAAUCAGGCUACCACAGGUCUAAAAAUGAACGUUUUUCAGGCAUCUAAAUUUAGACCAAGUUUAGACUGGCUGGGUAACAGAGGUCUAACUGUAUUUUGCCCAACAGCUAUCAUAAUAAUUUUGGUUAAGUACUUGGAGAUCAGUUAUGUAACUCACAGUUGCUUUUUGAAAUAAAUAGUUAUUGUAUAAUGGGUUAAAGUGCAACGUCUAAAUUAUGUCUAAAAAUAAACAGAAUCUAGACGGUUGAAAUUUGGUCUAAAAAAAAAAAUUAGACGUCUAAUAGCCGUCUAUUGCUCAGUGGGUUUGUUCAACUAUGGUGAAAUAAUCAGCCUAGGUAGAUAAUUGGUCAACCCUAUUAUAUUCUAAUGUCCUUUUUUUAAGCAAUGCUUGUGUCAUUAGUGCUGGAGAAAGUUUGUUAUACUCAUAAGGGCACCUCUGAAAGAUUUAAAAAUUGAAAAUUAACUUUCGUUUAGUCAAGCUGCUUGCCUAUAACAGACUUCGUCCUCCAAGCUGAACUCAAAUAUUUAAUUGAAACAAUAUCAUUUGUGUUGUUCUUGCAGAUGGCCGGAGUUGCCUCAGCGCUGGUCGUGUUGGUGACAAUACUCAAACUGGGACCUCUAUUCCAGGAGCUGCCAAAGGUUUGAUAACUCUUCAUCUGUCUUUGCUGUGGAAUUACUCACAGUUAUGAAAUGAGAUUUAUUUUUUUGUUUGUGAUAAAACAUGUGUGCUUGGUUUAGGCUAUCCUGGCAGUGAUUGUCUUUGUGAACCUGAAGGGCAUGUUCAAGCAGUACUCUGACAUACCUGCACUGUGGAAAAGUAGCAAGAUCGAUCUGGUAGGUUUUAAUCCCCAACCUAACAAGAAACUGUUAAACUGUCAUUUUUAUUUAUCUGUCAAUUUAAGAAAAGACAUUUCUGUUUCCUGUUUCUCAUUUCCCCCCAGGUGGUUUGGUUGGUCACUUGGGUGUCAACAAUGCUGUUUAAUCUGGAUUUAGGUUUGGCUGCAUCCAUCACCUUUGCUCUGCUCACUGUAAUUUUCAGAACUCAGAUGUAAGAAUCCUCUGAACCUUGUCAUCGUCUACCUCUCAUUAAAAUAACAUUUUAAACUAGGUCUGUAAGACUGGACGAAUUACUGCACACAAACAUUUUGCACCUGUAAUCUUUUUUCUAUUUCUGUUUUUGUAAACAGGCCAACAUACUCUGUUCUGGGAAAUGUUCCAGGAACAGAGCUGUAUGUGGAUAUAAACACCCACAGAGAGGUAACAGUGAAAGAUAAGAAGCCAAAUUUAAAUGGCUUUUGACUUUUAUUUAAAACAAAUAAUGUUUUUUUUGCUGUUUUGCAGGCAAGAGAAAUUCCAGGUGUAACUAUAUUUCGCUCAUCUGCAACCGUUUAUUUUGCAAAUGCUGAGCUUUACCUCGAGGCUCUGAAAGACAAGGUUUGUCAACUUUCCUUUAUACACUUUUAAUUUUCUUAAUUUUAUACUUUUAUCCACAAUUAUAACUUUAUUUUAAAUUUCUUUUCAGAGUGGGCUUGACAUCAGUAAAAUGAUCAUCUAUAAGAGAAGACAGGAGGCCAAGCAGAAACGUAGAGAAAGGAGGGCACAGAGACGAGCAAAGAGGCAAGCUGAGAGAGAGGUAAUGUGCUGGAAACAGACAAAACAACAAAAGCAGAAUUUACCAAAGAAAGACUGCAGCUAAUGUUUGGUUGUGGACCUCGAUGCUCCUUACGUACCGAGUAAAUAGAAAUAGACACCAACUUCCUGAGUAAAUAUGAAGCUGAGUUAUUUCUACUUUCACGCUGGACAGUGCAGGGUGAUAAAAAAAAAUAGAAAAUACUCCAGUACUUUGCAGAAGUUGAAUUGUUUCUUUAUCUCACCACUCAGCUGAGACGAGCUCAGAAGGUGGCUAAAAAGCUCCCUGCAGCUCCAGUGUUCUCUGUGGAGGAGGAGGCCAAAACCUGGGGAGACAUGGGUAUGGGAGAUGUGGAGGAUGAGCAGGACUGGACUGAGAGGGAGAAUGGGACAGUGUUUGUCAUCCCAACUACUCCUCGAACACCAGAUGGUCAGUGUAGAUGGGAAUACCUGAAAGGAGGAAACCCAGACUGCACCAGUUUAGGGUGGAUGUCUGAGCAGGAUGGGGACACCACCACUCUGGGCUCCAGCAGUGACGACACGUUGAGCCGGGACCUGGACCGGGUCUCUCUUGGGUCUCUGGGGAAGUGGACAUGGGACAUACACUCCAUAAUCAUUGACCUCUCCACGGCUAACUUCAUUGACACAGUGGCUUUAAAGACUAUAAAAAAUGUAAGUGAUAAAGGGAUAAGAAAAAUGACUUUUCCUCAAAUGAAGCUACUUACAUUAUUUUUACUUUAGGCUUAAAACACUGACAUGUAGAUAGUUUUUCUCUGACAGUUUCAUUAUCCCUGAAGGUUUAGUGCAAAGGAAAUUAUUGGGCUUAUUUACUGUAUGUUAUAACCAUCAGCUGAGUAUGAAAUGUGAAAAAAAAGACUUGCAAAAUCAAAACAGCGGUUACAAUAAGGAAGAACUCUCACAUAUAUCCAUUAUAUUGCCAGAUUUUCCUGGAUUUCAGUGAGAUUGAUGUAAAUAUUUACCUGGCUGGCUGUCAAGGUAAGUAAAUACAUUUUCAUUUCCUUGAGGCUUGUAGGCUUUACAAACAGCCGGCUUCAUCCUUGCUUCCUGUUUUCCCUCCAGCCUCUGUGGUGGAGCAGUUUGAGCGAGGAGACUUCUUCUCCGAGACAAUAACAAAGAGACGCCUUUUUGCCUCAGUCCAUGAUGCUGUGCUGUACUGCCUGAACCACCAUGGUGCCACGUUGUUCCCCAGAUAUGAGCCCACAGGGGUGAGUGUGUACUGUUCAGCCAACACUUCAUUUGGUAGGAAUAAACAUGCCCCGUGUAGCUGCCUGUUUGUUCUCAGAUAGAUAAUAGUCAGGUAUGAAAAAUCCAAUCAAAAAUGGGCUAAUACAAGUCUAAAAGUACUCAUGAAUAAACUCCAAAAUUGUCAUUUAAGCUUAAAAAAUGUCUAAAAUCUUUUUGAUUUUAGGACACAAACGACAGCACAAAACUUUAA